AUGUCUGAUAUCACGUCCUUUCUCGCAGAAGAUGAUAAUGAUGAUGAUGAUGAAGAUGCUCUGAUGAUCAUGGCGAGGAUCCUUGGCUCUUUGCAAGUGGCACUCGACACUGAGACCGAGAAAGUGGCAGGUGCUGAAGCCAAGAAGGCGGAACUUGACCAGACGGUGAAGGCACAGAUUACACUGCAGUUUACGGAAACGGAUGCGGAGGUGUCCCUCCAAGCUGCGAAGGCCUACACGUCCGAGUGCGAGGCUAAACUCAAGACGGCCUCAGAGGCGGUGUGCACAAGCAAAGCUGCUCUGACUCAGCGGCUCAAGGAGCAGAAACAAGGCGACGAAGGCAUCGUGAAAGCACGCGCAGACAAGGAGCUUCUGGAAAGCACCAAGUCUGAGUGCUUCGAGAAGCUGAAGUCCGGCGGGGCAGUGGCCAAGGAGGCGAAGCAGCUGCUCAAGAAGAUUGAGCCUUUCAUCAAGCAGACCGGGUCGGACGCAUCGCUCAUCACAGCCGCGCCUGCGACGCUACUGAAGCCGCCCGAGGAACGUGGGAGCUUCGACCAGAUCGUCCUAGAUCAGCUCGAGGCGAACUUCACCGCCAAGCUGACAGAGUUCGAGACGCAGCUGGCAGAAGCAGCGCCUGCUGCGGAAGUGAGGGCGCAGGAGGUCCAGAAGGCGGAAUCCGAACACGAAGCGGCUGCAUUAAAGCAGAAAGAGGUGUCUGUGGAACUCUGUGCAGCCAAGGAGGCACAGAAGGAGGCAACUGCAGUGGUGGCAGCUGCAAAGAAGACAGUUGCGGACUACCAGCCUGAGUAUCAGGCAGCCACGGAAACCAGAGAUGCCAAGAAGGAAGAGCUGGAGACCUACGUGGACGGAAGCCUUGCCACCUUCAAGGAGCUGAAAGAGCGCAUCUCUGCAAAAAAGCGCCGCGAACUGGCUGCUGCUGCCAAGGCGAUGUGUAAGAAAUAUUGA